GGGGUGCGGGCCGGCUCGGGCGCGGAGGAUGAAGUGGAGCGUCCGCGGGGCCUGCGCCGCGCUCUCCUCCUGCCUCCUGCUCGCCUGCGCGCUCAGCGCCGCCGCCGUCGGCCUCAAGUGCUUCUCGCUGGGCUCGGAGCUGCGCGGGGAGCCGUUCCGCCUGGGGGCCGCCGCCGGCGCCUUCUACUCGGGGCUGCUGCUGGCCGCCGGCCUCUCGCUGCUUGGCGCCGCCCUGCUCUGCUGCGGGCCCCGGGAAGCGCCCCUCGCGGGGCCGGAGCCGGGCCCGGGUCUGGGGGUCCCCGCGGCCUCCGCGGGAGCUGCCGAGGCCGCGCCUGGGGAGCCGGGGGCCGCGGCCGGGGCCCCGGGCCCGGUGAGCAGCCAGAACCUGCUCCUGCUCGGCGUCCUCGUCUUCAUGCUCGGGGUCCUCAGCGCCUUCGCGGGCGCAGUGAUCGACGGCGACACGGUGUCGCUGGUAGAGCGCAAGUACUCGCACUACUGCCUGCCCCCGCGGGCGUCCGGCUCGGCCCCACCCGGCGCAGCCCCGGGUUCGGCCCCCGGCGCGGCCCCCGGCGCCCCGCGUUCCCGCAGCACCCUGGACAGCGCCACGUCCGCCAAGUGCCGGCAGCUCAAGGACUACCAGCGCGGCCUGGUGCUCUCCACCGUCUUCAACUCGCUCGAGUGCCUGCUGGGCCUGCUCAGCCUCCUGCUGGUCAAGAACUACCGGUCGUCUCAGGCCCGGCGCGGUCGGCGCGGACGGCGGAGGGGAGGCCGGGCCCUGGCGCGGCCCCGCGGUGGCUCCGGGCUCCGCGCGCAGCCGCCCGCCUCUCGGGCGCGCCGGGGCCGGAGGGGUCGGCGGGGGCGGCGGCUGCAGCCGCGGCCGAGCGAGGCCUCCAUCCUGUCCCCGGAGGACUCGGACCUGGCCGCCCCCGGGGACUGCGCGGGCUUCGCGGCGCACCACGCGGUCUCCUACAUCAACGUGGGCGUCCUCCACGCGCUGGACGAGGCGGGCGCGGAGGUGCGCUGCGGGGGGCACCCGUCGGUGGAGCUGCCGGGGUACGCGCCCUCGGACCCCGACCUCAACGCCUCCUACCCCUACUGCUGCCGGCCGCCCUGCGAGACGCCGCGGCCCUGGGAGACCAGCCGGGCGGCCUGCUGAGCCCGCGGGACGGACCCCCACCCUGCGCCCCGCUCAGGACCCCCGCGGAGAGGGAGGACGGGCGGCGGGGCGGGGGCCCGGGCCAGGCC